AUGGACGAGCAGGAUGGAACUCAGCAAGACGCAGCAUCGACUUCUGAACCACAGUACGAGGCAUUCAUGUCUAUAAUCGAAGACAUCCAGAGCUCUGAGCCACAAUCCCGUUCAGCGAUGUCUGAAGCCGAGGAAGCCGUUAUACAUCAUAACAGCGUCCCAUCCAGCCCCAAUCCCAAAAACGACAUUGAACCACUUCAACCCCAACAGCAAUACUCCUCUCUCUGUCCGUAUCCCACUCCCGACGCCUCGCGAGCCUCCUCGCCUCUAUUCCAAAAAGAAGAAGACCUCUGCGAUUCAACCCCUCCUCCGCUCCGCAAGAACAAUAAAAUGCCAUCUGAACUCCCCGACCAACCCUAUCCUCCUCCCCUUGGAAUACAACAAACACAUUCUCCGCUCACAUCACUCCAUCGCGAUCGAUACAGUCCCUAUGAUCCCCUCUCAUACGUCCUUCAAGACCCGAUCCAAGUCUGGGCGAUAAGAUUGACUCCCAAACGCACGCAAUACGAAGUCGAAUCUUCUUCCCCUGAGUCUUUGGCACUCGAUGACGACGAUGAUAACAACGAAGCUAUUACACCUACACGGGCGGCGGGUGGAAGGUGUAUGAAGAAUUUGCAACCGCUAGAAGAUAUUGGGCGGAGAGUAAGGGUGUCGAAUUUUCGAGGAAAAGAGCUGUUGAGUGGACUCGAGGAAGAGGCGAGGAAAAUGAAGGGGAAGAUGCCGGAUUGGGAGGGAUUGAAUCAGGAGAGAAGAGAGGAGGCAUCUGGGUGGGAGAAGGUCGACUUGGUGGGUCCUGAAAGAGCAACAAAGUCGGCUGGUGGAACAAUACAAUCUCGGUCGCGAGACAUUUCAGAGCCACUACGAAAGGUUAUGGCUACUACUACUAUACCUGAGGGGAAGCCAUUGUCUGUGCACUCUUCGGGGCAAGGGCGGCCUCCGGGUUCUAAUGUUGAAAUUGUCAUCGAGGGCGAGCGACUUAGACCCGAUCAGAUACCAUUUUCUCUUACGCAAUUGGGCACCAGAUUGAGAACAGGUAUUUCCUCAAUCGUGUUCUUGGCUCCUGCGCCUGACAAGCCGGGCCCUAUCAAGAGAGCACUUGUCACGAGGAACAGCGUUGCUUGUUCGCAGGAGCGGAAUUGCCGCAAUAAAGUUCGGAGCGAGAAUGGCAUGGCAGCUGUUUUGGAGCCAAAUAGGAAGACGCAAUUGACAGGAGGGAACUGUGAAAUAGAAGGGUCUGGCGCUGCAGAGAGCGGAAAAGAUAAACAGCAGAACGAGUGUCGAGCUGCGACUGUGGCGGCUUCUCGUCACGAGGCUCUUAUGCUCAAGGCGGGCGACCUACAAGCCCCUGAAACGACCGCUGUAGCGCAAUCUGGAUCUGCUCUCCAGCGUCGUGUCGACGUGAUACGCCAUGAGCAAACUCGUGAGCGCAUGCACGCAAAGGCUUGUACCUCAAUUGACAACCCAGCGCUUCACACACCGCGCGCUGCAGAUGCCGCAUGCCAGGCGGAUCUGGUACCGUGGCCCUGCGCCACAGCCAAUUGUAAAAGGCCCAGUGAGAAGUCUUUGGUUCGUUUGUGUAAUGUUGAACGGGCCAAGGUGUUGAACAAUCGGAAUCUUGCUCACAGCGGUACCAGGCUCGUGGCGGACGGCAGUUCCUUUUGCUGGGAAUGUCGUCUGAAGAAGAGCCGUCAGCGAAAAACGCUGCGAAGAAAGCGAGCUGCGAACUUGAACGAAGUUUCUUGUGGGAAGGAAAACGAAGAAAGGACUCUGUCAAAGAAGCGCAAGCUAGUGGAUGCUGCUGCUAUGCUCGGCGAGGACGAAGUAACGUCACCGGCAAAGCGCUGUUGCACCGCAGAGGUAUGCGAAAAAUAUGGACCGGACUCUCGCGCGCCUGUUGAUCAGAAUGCCGCUUCAGUUGAACAAGAUGACUCUGCGAUGGUAGCGCAGGACCCCGACGUGGUUCAUCAAACUGCCAAAGUGAAUCCAGGAUGCAUCUUUUCUGGGGCAUUCGCUGAGGAACUUGAGGCAGUCUCUCUACAACCAGCAUCACCUUGCACAGAGCUGCUUUUGACAAGACCAAUCUGCUCAUUGAACGCUUCGUUCCAACCGCCCGAAGCCGUGGCCGUGGCCAUCCCGAGUGACUGUCAGACACGCGUUGUUGCCGCUGGUGGCACCUACACCGCGCAAAGACGAGUACCUCUUGCGGACAUCACGGCUCGGCUGGUGCCUCAUUCAUCUCCUCCGAGGUCUUCAUCAGUCAAGUAUGGAUCGCACACGCCAUCGCCACUUCGAUCUGUACAGGCCGCGGAGGCAACUCCGCCUACUUCACCCCUCCCGAUUUCGCCAAUGUCGCCAACACCGGCUCGUGGAUAUGAUGUGUUAUCGUCAUCCAAGAAUGCGAUAAAGUCGGUGUCCUCUCGAACUAUCGUCGAACAUCAUUCACGUGCUGUUGCAGACGGUACGUCGUCUUUGUGCUCCUUAUGCGGACAAUUCUUAGCCUGUGAUGCCCAUGAAUUGGGCAUCUCUUGCGCCAAUCCUCUGAUAUCGGGUCAGAAGCGAUAUGCUGCGAAGAAGGCGAGGAGGAAGAGCCUACAAUGGACGCGCAGACAAAAAGCCGAGUCGGUGCAGGAGGAGAAUGACUAUGCUGAUGCUCAUGCCUCGAGUAAGGACACCCGCUUACUUCCAGAUGACAAGCGAAAGCCUUUGAAGGGUAUUCUCAAACGAAAAUGAGCAGAUACACACCGCGCGUGCGCGAAUUAUUCUUGCUGUCGAUGUCAUACUUGAGAAUGUGGUGGUCAGGUAGCCAUCGGCCGAUUUUGGUACGACCUUUCAAUCCCAACAUUGAUGACUCUGAAACAGUCCCACUCGACCUCGCCAAAAUCACCACCACCACCAUCGCCACCAAUACGAUAUGACAACAUAAGCGAAAGUUGAUGGAUUAUAGCACAGUCAGAUCCCGUACAUUAUCAUCAUUCACAUUCAUAUUCUUAGAGAG